CAUGUUACAGCAUUUGUGCCGCUCACGUCACUUGCUAGGACGUGUGUGGUGGGCCUAAUUUAUAUUUAUUUUUAAAAUAAUUGUAAAACAAACGAGUGAAAAGUUAUAUUAAUUUAUUAAAAAAUGAAGGUGAUGCUUUUAGUAAUUUUUUCGUUAGUUUUGGUAGAACAGAGUGCGGCUGUAAUUUAUAGGAUAAAUGCAACUGAAUACCACCGGAUGCCGCCACUGUUCGCGUUAGAUGACUUCGCAGAAUGCAUGCUGGAGCCAGGGGGCACGUAUUGCGUAGCGGACUACGACCUCUCCUCCAGAGGGCAUUCGGACCUCAUGCAUUUUAUACUGGAAUAUUCGUCAUACAAAAAAAAGCAUUUCAACCAUACAAAAAUACAUAGAGGCACCUGCGUCUCAAUUGCUUGUAAGGAUUACUUUUAUACAUUAAAUAAAACAAGGGACCUAGAAGAGAUCCUUGGGGAGUGCCUCAAUGCAAGCCUAUGGAGGAGCCAUAAGCUGGAAGCAAGCUUAUCAGAAAUACAGUAUUGUAAAAAGGCUGAUGAUGAAACAAUUUUAGAUAUAAGUGACUUCAUUGUAUUAGCUGUAUAUGUUUUUCUUAUCAUGAUUAACACUAUCGGAAGCUUUUACGACAUCAUCUUAUGUGAAAAAGACAGUAAAACAGGAAACCGGUAUUUGCUAGCAUUUUCGAUAAGGCGCAAUUGGUCGAAACUAAUUGCCCCUGGCGGCAUCGGACCAGACCCCAGGAUGGAAAGACUGAAGUUAUUCAAUGGAUUAAGAACAAUGACGAUAGUGUGCGUAAUUUUCUCCCACUGCGCACUACUCUUGUCAUGCGCUUACGUCGCCAACCCACAUUACGUCGAACAGACUUACGAUGAUCUGUCAAAACAAAUCCUGUACAACGGGAGCCUAGUCACGCACACCUUCUUCAUAAUGUCCAGCUUCCUCCUGGCGUACAACCUUCAGAUACAGGCCGAGAAGGCAGAAAUCACCUGGAAGCAUAUACCCAGGGGAAUCCUGAUGCGGUGGAUGAGGUUGACUCCGCCUUACGCCCUCAUCAUAGCCACGAUCAGUACAUGGAUGCGCCAUGCUGGCAGAGGUCCCCUGUGGGACCUAGUGGUGACCAGCGAGUCCAACUACUGCCGCCAGUACUGGUGGGCAAAUGUCUUCUACUUCAACAACUACAUCUACCAGGAGGAUAUUUGCUUCCCCCAGGGAUGGUACCUCGCGGCAGACACUCAGCUCUUUAUCCUGGGCCUGGUGAUCAUGGUGCUGGUGAAGAAGCCUCAGCACAGGAAGGUGGUGCUCAUUCUGAUGUUCGUGGCCUCACUCGUCAUCACCGCUGCACACACCUACUUUCAAGACUUGGAUGCUGUAGUCAUACAGUCACCUGAAUCGUACCGUAGUAUGUACAAGGAUGACGACACGUACAGGCUGGUGUAUAUCAGAGGCCACACAAACCUCUCUGUGUACACCCUGGGGCUGGCUGGAGGACUCCUGGCCUACCGGUGGCAAACCAAUGAAAAGGACUUCUCCAAAUAUAAGAAAUAUCGUUGGUUCAUGUACUUUAUGCUUCCUGUGGGUGUGAUCAUCAUCCUCUCUGGAGGCAUCUUCUACGUCGACGGGGUGACCCCUCCCACGCUGCUGCGAGUAGCCUAUGCAAUGCUUAUCAAACCCAUCUUCCAGCUCUUUGUGCUCGGCUACAUUAUCAUCAGCAUGUUCAAAAUAGAGAGAUUAUGCAGCAGUAUAAUAGAAUGGCGCGGUUUCACCUGGGGUGGCCGCGUGUCCUACAGUGCCUUCCUUCUCCACAGCCUGUUCCAGAGAGCCUUGGCAGGAGUGCAAACCACUCCCCUGGUUAUGAAUGACUAUUUUAUAAUGAUAGUGCUGUGCGCGUCGGUGUUCCUCUCAUUCGGGCUGGGGGUGGUGCUGUGGCUGCUGGUGGAGGCGCCGAUCAGUGGGGUGAUGCGCGCUGUCCUCGCCCCAAGAUCUAAACAAACUACUUGCUAAAAAUACCGGUCAAGUGCGAGUCGGAUUCGCAGACGAAGAGUUCCGUACCAUCCUACAACAAGUAACACUUUCGAACUCAACACAGCAAGUUAAUGACGGACAGCGCCAUCUAUUAUGUGAUUUUCGUCGUAACACUUUUUUUUUGUGAUGUAACCACAAAUUCACGGUUUUUGGAUUGUUUCCUUUACUUGUGCUAAAAGACAUUGCGACCUGCCAAAUUUCAUGAUUUUAGGUCGACGGGAAGCAUCCUAUAGGUUUUGAUUCCCUUUAACAGACCCGAAAGAUGGACAGAUAACGAAGUGAUCCUGGGUUUCUUUUUACUAUUGAGGUACGAAACCAUUAAAAUUAUUAUCAAGGAUCAAAUAAGCAAUGCGCGACAGCAGUGCGAUGCAACAGCAAUGUACUCGUAUUCAAUAGCUAGAAUCCUCCUAGAAUUUAUACUUAUAACAGACUCUGUCUAAUACGGGCUUCGUCGUCCGUCCAUGGUAGUGCAGAUAAUAUGUCCGUCAUGGUGCGUCCAAUUAGCGGAUGACAAAAUAGUUUCGAAUCUCAAGCCCCACACAGACUGACAGACGUCGCAUCGCGCAUUCAUUACGCGCUGGUGUGACCGUACCUUUAGGUAAUUUCUAUGUGAUUUUUAUGUUUUGGAUAAUAAAAAUUGUUGUCUGGUGAA